AGGUUUAACUCACACGGCUCAACAAAUCUCUACGAUGAUACCUGGCAACACAUGUGUCUCACCUGGGAAAACACAAAAGGAGAAGCGAAACUCUAUAAAGAUGGCCAAUUUACAGUACAGGAUACGAAUAAUGCCACUGAGAACUUUAAAAUUACGGCUGGCGGCUGUCUGGUGCUUGGACAAGACCAAGACUCCAUUGGCGGACGAUUUGAUCGUGAGCAAACUCUUCAUGGCCGAUUGGAAAGUGUCGACAUGUGGGAUAAAGUUCUGUCCGAAAGCGACAUUGCCGCUCAGUACACAAGUUGUAGUGUACCUAAUGGUUCUGUUUUUAACUGGUCUGUAUUUAAAAAUCUUGCUCAUGGCAAUGUCACAAUAAAAUAG